GAGGUGCAACUUUCAUGCCUUCUUCAUUUGGGGGUUUAUUUGGAUUUUCUUCUUUAAUAAGGUCUGUUCCAACAAACUGUCGUCUCUGUCCUGGAUACAUUUCCCCAACCACUUUGACAGCUAUGGCCAGUACUGCUAGUGAAGGUGCAUCAACAAGUGUGACACCACCUGACUACACAUGUACUCCUGAUCAGAUCCACAUCCUAUGUCAGUGCUGUCUUCAGCCAAUGCCACACAGAUGGCCUGAUUCAAUGACAGCAAGUAUUCCUGCCCAGAAGUGUUCAGUUUGUCAAAAGGCAUUUUGCCAUUUGCUAUGGGGCUGUCAUGGAAGUGGCUGUUUGGGAUGUCUCAAUAAAUUCAAAGAUUUCAAUAUUGGAGAUAACACUUUCUUGGUAAUAAUCAACAACAAUCCAUAUGAAUCCAAAAUACUUAAGGAUUACUUAACCGAACAAAACAUUUGUGAAAAAGACUUGUUACAGAAGUGUGUUCUAAAGCUGGACUCUAAAGAAUACACGACAGUGGUCGAUGUGAGACAGAAAUCCAUGGGAGACCAAGUUUGGUUCGGAUUAGCGCAAGAUGCAGCAAGCCAUGAUAUCAACUCAGAAAGUGUGCUUUGUUACAGAUGUGCAUUGCGGAAUUUCAAGGAGCUAGCGUAUCAGUUUCGUCGUGACAUACCAAUGGAUCAGCUACCAGAGACAGUGCAUAGACGUGCUGAUUGUUAUUGGGGUAAACAUUGCCGAACUCAGAGGACUAAACCACUUCAUGCAAGUCGCUUCAAUCACAUUUGUGAACAGACAAGAUUUACAUAGCUGACAUUAUCUUUAUCAGCAAGAAGUUUGCCCAACAGUUUGCCAGUAACUAUUACAGUAAAUAAUGCAUGGUGCAUCAUGGACCACACUAAUCAAAAUGCAAACAUAUCCCAGCAUACUUUUUCAAACUGAUAUUGUCUUCGAAAUACCUCAUUUGUGUGUUAUUUAAUGUUUAUUUGAAUAAAAAAGAGAUGAACAAUUUUUACAAAUUUGGUCAAAAUUCACUAAGUAAUUAUCAAAUAUGACAAUGUUACAUACUUAUUUACAAAAGCUUUAAAAAUGAUGUUCCAAAAAUUAAAAUAUUUGUUCCUUAAGACAUGGUUGCUCACAAAAGUUUUCAAAAGACGAUGAAAUAUAACGAACUCAAAGUUACAGACAACGCCCGGCUUUGAAGGUAUUAAGCAAUUAGAGAGAUUAAAGACUUGGUCGCCCGCAUUGACGAUGAUCUGUGGAAUGUUAAAAGAGAAUCCGAGUCAAUGUGACGAUUUUAAGUCAAACGAAAGUACAGGUAGUACUACAGUUAACACAAUGCUAAAUUAUUGACAGGUAAAUUUUUGGCAUUUAAUUUACUGAACAGCACUACACUUACUUCCGUAUAUUGUGUUACUGGCAAAACACCUUACGAGGUCUUGCGACAAUGAUUCAACUUAGGGAGCUUAUAACAUGCAUUUUACAGUUUACUUAUAUUUUUCCACGGGAAACAGUGCUCGCCAUAAUAAGAUGUAAUGGGCGAUGGUAAGGAUAUGGACACCUUAGACAGUUGAAAAAAAGAUUGGGCGAGUACUUUGCAAAAGUACUAAAG